AUGGCCGAGAUCAACAGGGAAAAGCAAUAUGCUAAAGCCAAGAUAGCAUUGAAGGUGAUAAUAAUAGGAGCUGGCAUCGGUGGCCUCGCAGCAGCAGUGUCUCUGGGCAAACGAGGUCAUGAUGUACACAUCAUCGAGUUCGCACCGGAAAUUCAGGAGGUCGGUGCUGGAAUCCAAUGUGCGCCAAACAUGCUUCGCAUGCUGGAUCGAUGGGGAGCGGGCACGAAAGUCCGGAAGACUGGCGUACAGCUUCGUUCAAUCCAUCUCCUGAGAUGGGAAGGAGGGAAGAUGCUCGGAGCGGUGCCCAUCAAUCAGCAGCAUGGCGAGCAGUUCGUCGUGCACCGGGCGGAUUUGCAGAUGGCGCUGCUGGAGAAGGCGCUUGAGAUGCCGAAUGUCAAGUUGCAAACGAACACGUUGGUGAAGAAUGUCCGCUUCAGUCCGGCGGCCGUCGAGUUGAACGACGGCUCGUGGGUCGAAGGCGAUGUCGUGAUCGCUGCGGAUGGGAUCAAGAGUACGGUGCGCGCGAAGAUCCUGGGUGAUGACAAGGAUGUCGCGAUACCGACUGGCGAUGCGGUUUUCAGGGUUGUGUUGACUCGGGACAUGUUGAAGAAGCAUCCACACCUGCAGCCGUAUAUUGAGGAGAAGAAGGCGAUUAGGUGGAUAGGACCGGAGAGGCAUAUCAUUGCGUACCCGGUGCGAAAUCACGAGAUAUAUAAUAUGGCACUGGCGCAUCCGGACCGCGGGAGAGUGGAUGAGAGUUGGACGACGGUGUCGUCGAAGAAGAAUCUGCUGUCCGAGUAUGAAGGGUGGGAUCCAAAGUUGAUUGAGAUGUUGGAGAUGGUGCCCGAGGGAGAUGUCCUGGAGUGGAAGCUGUGCAUGCAUAUGCCCUUGAUACGCUGGGUCCAGGAGAAUUGUGCGUUGAUGGGUGAUGCGUGUCAUCCGAUGCUGCCGUACGUUGCGCAAGGGGCAGCGCAAGCGGUCGAAGACGCUGCAUCGCUAGGGGUGACGUUGUCGUCGAUCACGUCCAAAGACCAGAUCCCGCUUGCAUUGAAGGCGUACGAGAAGGCGCAGAAAGCCAGGGCGGAGCAUAUCCAGCAGUCUUGUUUGCAGACGCGGGCCGCUCUGCAUUUGCCGGACGGUCCGGAGCAGCAGGCUCGCGAUCAGAAGUUCCAGGCUCUUUCACAAGGAGGAGAAAGUGACGAUAAAUGGAAUGAUCCCCAGAUGCAGGAGUUCUUGUGGGGUUGGGAUCCUGAGAUCAAGGCUCAAGAGGCGUGGAGACAGAUGAGCAGAUCGUCUGGUGUGCAAAGCCAACUGUGAGGUUGUUUGCCGCAGGAGAUGGAGUACUUGGAUUGCUCUGAAUGCUAAGCAGCCACAUGUUCUUGGGACGGCCCCAGUCAAGCACGGUAGCUUAGAAUGAGAGGACGAGGAGU